GGGUAAUUGAGGACCAGGAUUGGGAACCACUGAUAUAGAUGAAAGAGAAAAAAAAAACAUAAUUGAUUCCAUUUGAAAAUCAAUUCUGAAAAACGCGAUUCUCGCCAGGGAGUUUAUUUUGAAAAGCUUCCCCGGAUGUGCCUCUCGUGAUCACGUGCUUAUUGACGCCGGUGCAGCGUAACCCACUGAGCCUAGUUUUAAAAUAGGACUAAUACCCAGGCGUACAGUAGCGGCAGCGUUUUGCCUCGGAUAUUUUUGUCUCUCGCUGUUUUUUGUUAUUUUUUUAUUAUUUCUUCUGGAUUUUAAACCUAACAAAUAUACUCCAGGAUGCCUUCCGGUCAAAAUGUUCAAGGUGGGAAAGCUUUUGGGCUUUUAAAGGAGCAGCAAAGGCAAAGGCUGGAGGAAAUAAACCAGGAAUACCUGGAGGACCAGAAAUACAAAGAUGAGGAAGGCCUGGCUGAAAAAUUGGAAGGCUUGAAGAAUAAAUAUGCUGAGUUUGACCUAACCGAUGAAGGAGAGAUUGAUAUGAUGGGAAUGAAAAGGAUGAUGGAAAAGCUGGGGGUGCCCAAGACUCACUUGGAGUUGAAAAAAAUGAUGGUGGAGGUGACCGGCGACAGCAGCAACACCAUCAACUACAGAGACUUUGUCAAAAUGAUGCUGGGCAAGCGCUCAGCUGUGCUCAAAUUGAUUUUAAUUUUUGAAGAUAAAGCCAACAGCACCCCCUGCAAGCCAGACGGACCCCCUCCGAAGCGGGACAUCACCAGCCUGCCUUAAGCUUUGGCAUCUGUCUUCAGACUGUAUCAGAGACCAUCCAUGGAUAUGUGGAAUAGCAUGUGACGUAUUGAUGUGGGACCAGGGAUCCGGGAUGAUCAUUUGUGAAUAUAUGACGUGUGUAUGAGGUUUGGUCAUUUGGAACACUGAGCCUAAAAUUCACAAAAUGAUGUCUGACUGUGAAUAUUAUUUAUGUUUUUUUUCUAUAAAUCAAAUGUAGCAGUGAUAGUUGUACAUGUAAUCAGACUAAGUUACUUUUUUACUAAGUGUUUCAUGGUUAUAUUUUAAGGGAAGACUCUUCACAAGCUGCUUUUCCAUCUUUUCUAUGGAUUUUAAGGGUAUCCAGUUUAAUCAUGUGUGAGUUGGACACUUUUGGAGAAUUACAAGAUGAGGAGCAGUUUUUCCAACCUUUAAUGCUUUUUUUACUACCAUCAGUAGUCAAGCUUGAAUUCCUGUUAGGCCAGAGGAUGCAGGUUGGGUUUGUCUCCAUAUCGUCUGACCCUGAACAUCUCAUUUAAAUUAGGAGUCAUUAAUUUAGCGUCUUCUGCUCCAUUUAGAAUAUUUCCUCACAUUUGAGAGAAAGGAGGAGAUUUCUUUUGAACUUUAGAACUCUGUUAGUGGUUUGGAGACGAGCUGUGAGGUUAAGCACCUGCUCUGUAUGAGUGGAGUUUGUUUUCUAAGGCACACAAGCAGUACAAAUGUACAUACUACAUGAAGUACAAUCAUAUUCUUUUCAAGUGCCUCAACUUGCAGAUACUGUAGAAGGUGGAAGAUUGAAGAGCACAAACAUUCUUUACAAGUCAUUUUAACAUCAUUGUAACAUUUUUAUAUUUGGUGAGAUUUGGUUCAUCACAUGGACGGAACUGUUUUUUGUCAUCUGUGUAUAUUAGUUUCUAUGUUUCCACCAUUUUCCAGUCACUGUUUUGUCAAGUGUUUUUCUGGAAGAUUUGUCUGUAUUGUUAUUUUAUCAGCCACUUAUAUUUGAAUAAUAUUGGGCUUUUUUUUUUGUCCAAUUUCCUUCAUUUGUGCCUCUGUAUUCAUCUGUUUAUUGUACAUUUUCCUAUAUAAGUUACACUAACUGUUGUGAGAUUGGUACUUCUACACAUAACAUGGUUUACAUGCUUGUUUUGUUUGUCGUCUCAUAGAAACAUGACAUUUUAGUGUUGAUGUAAAUUGUUUGACACCAAAGGCAUUAAAGUUUUCUUACACUGGCCUUUUGACUUCUUGCAGAGCUGAUUUGGCAGAUUUGAAACCGUCUUAACGGGAAAGUUUUGCUCUUUUUGAAGUGGGAAUCUGUGGAGAAGUUUACAACCUUUCCUGUUGUAGUCUUUGUCCACACACAAACUGUUUGUUAACCUCUUCAUAUUCAAAAACACAGAAACCAU